AUGUGCGACACAACGUUUACGUUUGGGCAGCGGGGCAGCCACUUUUUCCAGUGUCCAUCGGCACGAGAAUACACACGCCUGCCUCCCAAACUCUCCCGGCUUCUCGCAUCUCCCCAACUCCAGACUAUCCACCACUUAACCCUCGGCUUCGAAGACAGCUUCAUCCUAACCUACCGCUCCACCACUGGAACCUCUCACACCGAAUCCUCAGGCCCUUUACCAGCUGAACUCCUCUCCUUCAUCCACGCCCCCAACCGCAAGAUACCGCAACUCCGCUGCUACCUAGGCCCCUACAACUCCUCCUUCUUCACCCACGACUCGUCCUCGUAUCUCUGGCAAAACCUACCCCCACCCUUCCUCUCCGCACUCGAGAAGAAUAUAAAAAAUGGAAAGUGGCGCGACCGUCCCCGCAUCGUUGCUCUAGGCGCUGAUGCGAAUUUCAUCCUCAUCACCGAGAAAAAUACCGCGGUCUGGGAUCUACCAUGUUACCCCCACUUGCGCUCCCUUCUCGAAGAGAAGAAAAAGGAGGGAAGUGGCAUGAGGGAGGUGCAGAAUGUAACGCUACAUCCCCACCGCUACGCUUGCUUCCUACUUCACUUCAAAAAUGGAAAGUUGGAGUUUGGUAAUGUGCCGCCGCAUCAGGUGGCGGGCGUGAAUGCGUUGCUGGAGCCGUUAAGGAAGGAUAGUAAAGAGAAGGGGACGGCGCCGUGGAUGGCGAGACGCGAAAGUAGUAGUAGUAGUCAGGUGGAGAGACCGCAGCGCCCGAGUUUGUUGCAGCAGAGGGCGCAGUUGAGGAGGGAGUGGGGGGAGAGGACGAGCGAGGUCGAGGUUAGGGGGAAGGGCGUCAAGUUGAGUUUUAGUCUUAGUGUUAGUCUGGGGGGU